AUGGCCUCCCACCGCAUCGGCGCCCGCGUCGCGGGCCUCUCGCCAGCGCAGCUGUGCGCCAUCAUCGAGGCGCAGGCGGGCGCGAGCGACGCCGCGCUGCGCGUGGCGGAGGAGCACGCCGCACGGCUCGUGGAGCAGCCCGAGUCUGUCCUCUCCGUCCUCCUCUCGCCGGACCUCGCCCCGCACAUCCUCGCCCAGCUGCCGACCACGGCGCACGCUGCCAAGGGGACGAGCCGAAGCAGCAUGUCAGCGCCCUCCAAAAACCUCACCAUCACCAUGUACCGCGAGCUGCUGCGAGGAUCCGAGCGCCAUCAUGCGACCAGGCCACACAAUGUGCUCUACGACCGCGUCCAGAGCGAAGGGGCGGCGUGGCUGGAUUUCGGCGACAGUGCGGCGGCGGUGGCCCCGCCGGCGCCUUGGGAGACGUGUGAGGCGGAGGAGGCAGCGUACGUCCUCGACUACAGCGCGUUCUACCGUGGAUCGUCACUCAUGGCAGCAGGCGGCGGCGCUUGA